UGAGUGGCUUCGAAAGUCGGACGUGGCGAAAGUUCUGUCGAAUUGAUUUGAUAACAGCGUAGAACAACCAGCAACAGGCAACCAGCAACAAACAUCGGCAAUCGAGGGCACGGCGGCAAAAUCAUCACCCCCACUUUCAGAAAAAAGCAUUGCCACGCCCUAAGGAGCGCUUCAAGAGGCGCACCGGCCCCACCAUUCCCAUGCCAGCCCGCAAGGGGCUGCUAGCGCCCCAGAACACAUUCCUCGACACAAUCGCCACGCGGUUCGAUGGCACCCACUCGAACUUUGUGCUCGGCAAUGCGCAGGCAAAUGGCAAUCCAAUUGUUUAUUGCUCGGAUGGGUUCGUGGAUUUGACAGGAUAUUCACGCGCGCAAAUUAUGCAAAAGGGCUGCUCAUGUCAUUUCCUUUACGGACCGGAUACGAAGGAGGAGCACAAGCAGCAAAUCGAGAAAAGCCUCUCCAAUAAGAUGGAACUGAAGCUGGAGGUUAUUUUCUACAAGAAGGAAGGUGCCCCAUUCUGGUGCUUGUUCGACAUUGUGCCCAUCAAGAACGAAAAGCGGGAUGUGGUGCUCUUUCUGGCCUCCCACAAGGACAUCACGCACACCAAGAUGCUGGAGAUGAAUGUGAACGAGGAAUGUGAUAGCGCUGCCCUUUUGGGGGCGCGGUUCCGGGCCGGCUCGAAUGCCGGCAUGCUGGGUCUGGGCGGACUGCCCGGCCUGGGCGGACCGCCGGCCAGCGACGGGGAUGCGGAGGCGGGGGAGGGCAACAACCUGGACGUUCCCGCCGGCUGCCACAUGGGCCGCCGGCGCAGCAGGGCGGUCCUCUACCAGCUUUCCGGGCACUACAAGCCGGAAAAGGGCGGUGUCAAGACCAAGUUGAAACUGGGCAAUAAUUUUAUGCAUUCGACGGAGGCGCCGUUUCCGGAGUACAAAACCCAGUCGAUAAAAAAGUCACGCUUGAUUCUGCCCCAUUACGGGGUGUUCAAGGGCAUCUGGGACUGGGUGAUUCUGGUGGCCACCUUCUACGUGGCCCUAAUGGUGCCCUACAAUGCCGCGUUCGCCAAAGCGGAUCGCCAGACAAUGGUAUCGGAUGUGAUUGUGGAGGCGCUCUUUAUUGUAGAUAUUCUGCUAAACUUCCGCACCACCUUCGUUUCCCGCAAAGGCGAGGUUGUCUCCAAUUCGAAGCAGAUUGCCAUCAAUUACUUCCGAGGAUGGUUCGCCCUGGACCUUCUGGCCGCGCUGCCCUUUGAUCACCUGUACGCCUCCGAUUUGUACGACGGCGAGGAAUCGCACAUCCAUCUUGUGAAAUUGACUCGACUGUUGAGGCUCGCUCGCCUGUUGCAAAAAAUUGAUCGAUACUCGCAGCACACGGCCAUGAUACUGACAUUGCUGAUGUUCUCCUUCACGCUGGCCGCCCAUUGGCUGGCCUGCAUCUGGUAUGUGAUAGCGGUCAAGGAGUACGAGUGGUUCCCCGAGAGCAACAUCGUAUUCUUCACAGGUUGGCUGCAGCUUUUGGCGGAAAGGAAAAACGCUUCCGUGGCCAUUUUGACCACGGCGGAAACGUAUUCCACGGCCCUAUACUUCACCUUCACCAGUCUCACUUCCGUGGGAUUUGGCAACGUUUCGGCGAACACCACUGCCGAAAAGGUCUUCACCAUCAUCAUGAUGCUCAUUGGCGCUCUGAUGCACGCCGUGGUCUUCGGUAACGUGACUGCCAUCAUCCAAAGGAUGUAUUCGCGCCGCUCGCUAUAUGAGAGCAAAUGGCGCGACCUAAAGGACUUUGUGGCCCUGCACAAUAUGCCCAAGGAGCUGAAGCAGCGCAUCGAGGACUACUUCCAGACCUCCUGGUCACUCAGCCAUGGCAUUGACAUAUACGAGACGCUACGCGAAUUUCCCGAGGAGCUGCGUGGCGACGUCUCCAUGCAUCUACAUCGUGAAAUAUUACAGCUGCCAAUAUUCGAGGCGGCCUCUCAGGGCUGCCUGAAACUUUUGUCCCUGCACAUAAAGACGAACUUCUGUGCGCCCGGGGAGUAUCUGAUCCACAAAGGCGACGCCCUCAACUACAUCUACUAUCUGUGCAACGGAUCCAUGGAGGUGAUCAAGGACGACAUGGUGGUGGCCAUUUUGGGUAAGGGCGACCUCGUGGGUUCCGACAUCAACGUGCACCUGGUGGCCACCAGCAACGGCCAGAUGACCGCCACCACCAACAGUGCUGGCCAGGAUGUAGUCGUCCGCAGCAGCAGCGACAUUAAGGCGCUCACCUACUGCGAUCUGAAGUGCAUCCACAUGGGCGGUCUGGUGGAGGUGCUGCGUCUGUACCCGGAGUACCAGCAGCAGUUCGCCAACGACAUUCAGCACGAUCUCACCUGCAACUUGAGGGAGGGCUACGAGAACCAGGACUCCGAUAUUGGACCCUCGUUUCCGCUGCCCAGCAUCAGUGAGGACGAUGAAAACCGCGAGGAGGCCGAGGAAGGUGGCAAGGCGGAGAAGGAAAAUGGGGCAGGACCACCAAGUGGUGCCUCCCCUCUGCACAAUUUGAGCAAUUCCCCCCUCCACGCAGCUCGUUCUCCACUUCUGGGCAUGGGCAGUCCCAGGAAUCAGCGGUUGCACCAGCGGGGCAGGUCCCUGAUUACUUUAAGGGAAACGAACAAGAGGCACAGGACUCUGAAUGCGGCCUGCAGCCUGGAUCGCGGAUCCUUCGAGGAACCGGAACCCCUGGAGGAGGAGCAGCAGUCGGGCGGGAAGAGACCCUCGCUGGAGCGACUGGACUCCCAGGUGUCCACCUUGCACCAGGAUGUGGCCCAGCUCAGUGCCGAGGUUCGCAAUGCCAUCAGUGCUCUUCAGGAGAUGACCUUCACCUCCAACGCCAUGACUUCCCACAGUUCCCUCAAGUUUCCACCGGCCAGGUCCAUUCCCAAUAUCAGUGGAGUGGCGGCCACAAGAUCGGGCGAUGCAGUGGAUCUGGGUCUAAUGGGUGGGGUUUUGGGUGCCGCAGAAAUGGCGGCCAUGCAACGCAGUUCCUCGCAUCCUCCCGAAGUUUGGGGCAGGGAUGUCCAGCUGCCAUCAAGUACUGCGGCCAGUUCAAAGGCUCCUUCCCCCGUGGAGCCCAAAAAGAGUAUGACCAGCAGGAGCUGUCAGACGGACUUCUAUCGCAUCGAUUUCCCCACCUUCGAGCGCUUUGUUCUGGCCAAUCCCCGCCUGGUUUUGGGUCUCCUCGGCAUCGAACCCGCCAUCAAAAACGAAAUGGAUCUCCUGCAGCAGAAGCAAACGCUGCAGAUAUCACCUUUGAAUACGAUAGAUGAGUGUGUUUCCCCGGCGGAUCCCAAUCUGGCCAGUUCCAAGGAGAGGCUGAUCACCUCAUCGGCGGCUCCAUCGCCGGGACGAAUUUACCCGCCCCUGGAUGAUGAGAACUCCAAUGACUUUCGGUGGACAAUGAAACACUCAGCCAGCCAUCAUAGUUGCUGCAAGAGCACGGAUGCCCUGCUGAGUCCGGAGGAGCAGCCCCAAGCCUCCGUUCUGCCAGGAGAGGUGACUCCUGCGCCGCCUGUCCAGGAAACUAGAUCAUCGAAGAGGAGCAUUCGCAGGGGCACGAGUGGCAGCAACUCCAGCCUGUCCAGCAGCAGUUCCAGCUCGAACAGCUGCCUGGUGUCGCAGAGCACCGGCAACCUGACCACCACCAAUGCCUCGGUGCACUGCAGCAACAGCACCCAGAGCGUGGCCAGUGUGGCGACCACGAGAAGGGCCUCCUGGAAGCUGCAGCACUCGAGGAGCGGGGAGUACCGGCGACUGUCGGAGGCCACCGCCGAGUACUCUCCUCCGGCGAAGACGCCGCUGCCCGUGACCGGAGUGAGCUACGGCGGGGAUGAGGAGGAGAGCGUGGAGCUCCUCGGACCGCGAAGGAACUCCAGACCCAUCCUGCUGGGUGUGAACCAGAACCAGGGUCAGGGACAGGCCAUGAACUUCCGCUUUUCGGCGGGGGAUGCCGACAAACUGGAGAAGGGUCUGCGGGGACUGCCCUCCACUCGCUCCCUUCGAGAUCCCAGCAGCAAGUAGGCGGAGGAAGAUACCCAGAAACCCAAGGAAGUCUUUCACAUGCAAACCGCCGUGCGUGAUUUAUGCCCUAAUUAAUACUGAAACACAAAGACGCUUGUACAUUUAAUAUCUCUAAGAUACACACACACACACACGAGUUUGGUUGUUCAUCUGUUUCCCCCCUAGAUUUAUCGAAAAUACCCACACAUAUUGUGAAGCAUAUCAGAGUAGCCCCGAAAAUAUAUCUAACAAGCCCAAGGAAAUAUUUUUGUAAGGCUAAGCAGUCGUAAUGAGAUAUAUGUAUAUUUUCCUAACAAAUCAGCUAAGGAUAUACCCACUCAGAAUACAUGAAAACAUAUGUCAGCGGAAGUACAAAGCUAAGAGACCUCCGAUUAAAGUAAAAACGAGUAUAUCUUGCUUAGCAACAGAAUAUCAGAAUAUCAUUGACACUUACAAAAAUGGUGAAAUGCUAGUUAAGUUGAAUCAGCCUGAAAUUUACUGGGAUAAAGUUGUGGCGUGAUCUUUAGUUCUGUAGAAUCAGAGGCUCUUAAGAGAUCUAAAAAUCUUAUUCUAAAGCAUUGUUAAAUAUUGCUUUUAAAUCUCUUGAGGCUUUUGUCACAGAACAAAGGACUUGUUUUCAAUUAAUUUAAGUCUGGAAUUACGGCAUAGUUAGACAAGCUCAAUGACAGGAGUUUCAAACGGGGAUUCAACAGAUUUGUAGACAUUUAAGCUGUACAUUCAUUCUAGUCACUGAGAUGUGAGUUAACCUAGAUUAUUACCUAAGAUAAUCGACAAUCGUGAGCUACAUAUAUCGAAUGGACGGAGUUCCACUUCAAAAGUGGUCUUUCGGGCAUUUGGAUAGAAGUAAUUUGUGAUUCCAAGCGAUUCUCCGUCUUGAUUCCGUGUUGGCUAGUUGGCUAAAUAAAUAAUCAACUGUGUAAAUUUCCGACAUCCCGCAUAUAUCCUGAGUGUAUAUAGUAUUAUAUAUAUGGUAUGUGUAUAUUUGCUCCCCAAAAACUAUAAAGACUUGAGCUUCAUUCUAUCUUUGAUGUAAGCAUCCUAUGAUAAUAAGUGUAUAAGUUUUAUAUGUGUUUAGAUGGAUACAUAUUUUAGCCAUAAUGUAAGCGCAAUUAUUCAAUUGAGAACCUAAUAAACGUUUUUAAAUGUUUUAACUUAAUGUUAUCGAGACUAUAUACUUGAAUGUAUUUCAUGUGUAGUUAUACAUCUAAAGCAUAAAAGGAUAUUCGAUAUUUCAAUAAACAAUAAACUUGAUGUGACAAAUUAAA